AUGAGUGCAAGGCCACGCUCUGAUCAGUCGAGUUCCGAGUUCGACUCAGACUUCGACCAUCGCCCCCACAGCACGUUUAUUGCUGAUGCCAUUCGUUUAGCCGCGUCAAGACCAUUAUUGAUCAAUCACCCCAACUCGAAGAACAAGCCAUCAAGUACUUCUACAGACGCAGGCACUCUGCCCCCCGUGCGUCAAUUCACAGCACGCACUACCAGGUCGGGUAGCCUCACCAGCCAAGAUGAUGAUAUGGUGACAGAACCUUUAAAAAUCAAACGCACUUCUAGUACCUCAGUGGUUGCGCGUAGCUCAACCCACGCCGAGAAGAUUCCAACUGCUACAAUGAUGAACGUAACUGCGUCACACGUCGAUCGACAAUUCGAGGAUACUCUCUAUCACACUAUCCAUCCUUUCGAGACCGAAAUUGGUCGAGGACCAUCACACAUGUCCUCUGUUUCACAAACCAUCGCGCGGUUCCCCUCAAACCCUACACGCCCGCGCUUUUCACGAAUGAAGUCUGCGCCUACUCUCUCGCGGAAUGACUCGGCUGCAGAAACCGCACCUCUACCUCUCCCUGACGAAGACGAGGCAAACUCCAGCGAGACGUCAUAUUAUGGUCAGAGAAGCAACGUGGCAAGCACCCGAAAAAGUCUUAGGAUGGCUGGUUCUAGACCUCCUAGCGUAUCGCUGUCCUCCCACUCCCGCUCACGUGCUCAAAGCGUCCGAAGUCGUGCGUCUAGUGCCGCAAGCUGUCCUGACGAACGUGAUGACCAACCUGUCUCGGGUUAUCUCUUCUUACACGAGAUACCACCUCUUCCUCCUUUCCCCAAGCCUCCCUCCAAAAGCCGUCCGAAGCCCUCGUGGAAAGACGCUGAACAAAGCAGAAGUGGACUUCCUAAUCUGGAACGUGCGCUUUCGGUACGCUCAAUGAUGAAUGAAACGAAGGAGGGAACUUCACCGUUCCAGCCUUCUAAGACUGACACACCAUCAUUACCAUCACCUCAGCACGUGUGGUAUUUUCUACGGGUGUUAGUAGGCCUAGAGCUCCGAUGGGAGUUUUCGCGUGCCUGGAAACUAACGAGUCUUGAUCAUAUUGAAGGCGAUCGUGAUGGCAAUAAUAAUAAUAAUAUCAUGGGACACUAUGCUUUACCAAACGAUGAUGGGAGUACUUACAGUCAUGAUUCCAGCUCCACCACAGAGCCCAUGUCUUCGGAUCAUUUUCCUAUCCUACGCUACCUCAUUCGGCAUUUUCUCCUUACAUUUCCCAUAAUUCGGGACAUUGUUUCAGUGGAUCCAACUCACAUCAAUGCCAGCGAAUCGAACCAGGAGGAUAAUGACAAUUCUCCUACCAUUCCAAUAUACUGGACCGCUGGAAUAAUCCCUAUUCUGCGACGAUUCCAACAAGCCAAUCUUAGCACAUCGAUCGACUUGGGAAGCCGCGGUUUCCUUGAAAUCAUGGGCGGUGUUCAUGUCAUGGGUAUCAUCGAGCGGUUUGUUUCAACCGGUAUAAAGAUUUUGGACGAGCCCGUCGAUCUUAAGCGUGAAAGUUUGCAGCAUACUUUGGAAUCAUCAAGAUUGGACCCUUCGUUUCGGGAUGCGAGUGCCACCUCUCUGAGUCGUUAUGGAGAACAGAUGAAAGGUAUCGGCAAAGAGUGGCAAAGAAUCUCGGCCGGAAGCCACGCAGCUAGCCAACGGGCGGAGAUCGGAACCGUGACACCCUCCAACUCUUAUCACAUUGGUAAAAUCUCGCCGCGUGCAGAUUCAAGAUUAGAUCAGUCAAGUCAUCGAGACAUUGAAGAGUCAAAUAAUUACGAGCGCGUGGCCAAUAAAACCCCUUCGGCGGAUCCUGAAUAUGGCCAGGUGCGAUUGGGUCCGCGCGCUUCGAAUUCUGAUCUCACCACUUGGCUACCAAAUGUAUUCAAUCAAAUUGAAGCACCCGCAAUGAAUCUUUCAGAUACUGUAGGUAGCUCUAUUCGUCAUGAAUCCGACAACUUCCGCCAUCCGCCCACAGACCAGACUGCUGAUGGAUCAAAAGAAGAGUCUGAGCCACAUUCUAUCGCACAUCAAAUGUAUGUUUUAGCACUAGAAGGCUCAGAAACUGAUAAUAUGGGCCGAAAAACCUCGCAUUCGCAUCAAAUGAGUAACUCUCUCAGUCGAUUUGGGUCCGGACGUCAUCGCGCCAUGGCUUCCCCUUCCGAAAUGAGUCUUAGGGAAGGGGACGCUUCGGGAUAUCCUGAUAAUCCAUUAAAUGCGCAAGCCGAAAAGAGCUCCGUCGACUCCUUAAUAUGCUCUCCGAGCGCUCGUGCGAAGUACCAGAGACCGACGCCUGUAGAAGGCUACACUAUCCCUGACACCAUGCUCUAUCCCGAUUCGUCGACGCUGCAUCUUGAUUUGGAGUCAUCUCAGAAGCUCCAGGCGCCUCACGUAUAUGAUACAUCAUCUGCUCAUUACCGGAAAAGGUCAGAAAACGCCGGCAGAAGUGAUGACAAUCUUUUAGAUGGCGCCGAGAAAGAACAUGUCUCUGGUCAGAUACCCGGAGCUAGUGACGUGUCACGAAAGGAGGUUGGGACAUCUUCGAGGAAAAGACGGUUUACUUUGCGCUCGAUAUCACGUUGGAUGAACACACCGCCCAAAAGCUCGGAAGAUAUCGCCAAUAAACCAGUGGAUAUUCCUACCACAUCGCGCCUUGCCCCCGCUUCGUCUUCUCACUUGUCAAUAAACGCGAUGUCUCCAACAAUCUCAAGAGACAACACGGACAACUCAUCUGAAAUGUCUGAAAAUCAGCCUCGUCAUCGUUUCUAUGCUGCCAUGGCAGUCCCAGAAACGUUGUAUCAAAGUUCAUCGAAACAACAAUAUCGACAUGGUGUUGUGCCGAAGGUUCCAAGCAAGCCCGUAAAGAAACAAUUACCACCUGUUUGCAAGCAAGGAAUAGACUGGCCUUGGGGACAUCCUGUGCCUUUUUGGAAAGGCACGCCAAUUCACAAAGUCUCUUGGGGUGGCUUUGAAGUGGAUGUGGUCGGCUUGCGAAAAACAUUCCGGGGACACUCAUUCUUGAUCCGAGUUCGACGGCCGUCACGCAUGGAUGAAUACGUCCUGCGCGAUGAGAGCCACUUCAAACGUUACCUCGCGGUCCUAGACAAGGAGUUUCCCAAUGCCGUAAUAAGAAGGAUACCGAGCAGUGAUAUCAGACCAGAAGAUGACGUAAUCGACCCAGUUGAAGUAACGGAUUUCUUUCUGCGUCCGACACUUGACUUGGGCCGUGUAUCUGAGAGGCAAGAUCACUCUACCGAAGAAAAAAACGAAACCUACUCAGCUGUUGAAAAACAGGCAACUGGUCCGGCCUGGAGGAUCAAUGUUCAGCCACCGAGCACUAUCAAUACCACACGGACUAACGACCAGAAUGGGUUUUCCGGCAGACGUACCGGCGAGGAUACUAGAAUCGAUGGAUACCAGAAAAGGCUUUCGAGCAAUGUAACUCCCACUGGUACAAUUCGACGCAGGAAUACGCUGGGCUCACUAUUUCGAGGGGGUAACCACCAUUCCAAAUUUUCCCUUGAAACUCCAUCAGAUCAUGGGGUUCAAAUGCAAACCGAACCCUCUUACCUCCCCGACAGGAUAAAGUUGAAUAGAGAAUCUACCAGUGCAGGCAAGCCAAACAAUUUCAGCACUGGUCUCGCGAGGAAAUUGUCCAAAAAUUCAUCAAAGGCUUCGCAUGACGCCCAUCGACGAGCAUUGAGGGGUUGGCUUCGUGACACGCUUUCGAUCAGGAUGGUUGGGCAUCAUCGAGAGACCGCAGCUUUCUUACUCCUGAACAGCAUCAUACCAAAGGAAAUUGACUUACUAGAGAUACGGGAUAGGGAAGCUGUGGAUCGAGAUCGCAGAGAACGGAGGAUUUUGGUAGCUCAAGGUGCUGCAGAACGCGCGAAAUUGAUACAUGAAUGGUGGCGAGAAGUUGUUGAGGAGUUUGUAAGCGGAGAUGGAUUAAAUAACCUCUCGGAUGAAAUCAGGAAAUGCCGCAAGAUCGAUGAAUUGCCGAACAGGUUUCGAAAGUCAAUAGAAUGGAUUCAGAUGAAUAUUGCUCAAGGCAUACAUGACUUAUUAGUCAUUGUAGAAUUGCUGUUCUUUAAAAAGGGUACACUCAAUAAAGGCAGAAAAAGUUUGAUGCAACGCCUCAUCAACAUCGCUAUUAAUGAAGACGAAGAAGACCCCCUCUCCAUACAGAAGCGUAUACAUUCUUGCCGGGCACGUAUCCAGAGUUUGACGAUGUGCGAAAAACUGAUCAAGUUUGCGUAUGCCGACCGCGAAACGAAACAACUUUUCCGAACAUACGCCGAUUCAGAGAGACUCGAGCUGGUGGUAACGAUCGUGCGCAGCGCGGAAGAGCCCCGUUUAGACAAAUAUGACUUGGAGAGGGUCGUGCGAGCCUCGAAGGUAUAUGCCUCCCUCCUGAGAAAGAACCGCAACCGCAUCACGAAGUCGAUGACAGAAAACAUCAGUGUUCGAUUGAUUCUGGAUCUUAAGUUGUAUCUCCGUCUUGUCAGCCAAGAACGCGACACGAAGCAGGUCCAGGAAAUCUUCUCCGAAAGCAGCACACUCGAAGCAUUUGAGAUUCUAGUGACGCCUUUCCUUGAGUUUCUUAAGCGCACUUACAAGAUUGGAAAUGGACCACAAGCGGUAGAUGAUUCUCAAAAGUUUAUCGAACAGCUUAUAACUAUAUUAACUGCUUUAAGAAACAGGAUCCAGGAUCCCCAGAAAUCAGUCCGCAUCAUCGCUCGAUUAUUGGAUCGCCAUCAGCAAACCCUUUAUGCUUGGAUACGAUCCAUACAUACUCAUGAUUCAAUUUUCGAAGAGAUCUUUCAGUGGGCUUGGACGGCAAUGAUGUUUCUCAGACGCGGUCUCUCGGAGCCUGUACUCUUGCCUCAAAUCCUUCCAACCACAGGAAAUGACGCUCUCAAAAGCGAACUGGACGAUCUGGUCCAUUGGGAAUCUCUGAAACGCAAAUUACAAUAUGAGCACCUGUGCCGCCGAUAUUCUUCGGACGUGGAUGGCGACGAUCCAGUGAUAGUUGAGGGGGAUGGGUUUGGGAAAUCCAAGCUAGAGCCUCUUGUGGAAAUAUCACCGCGACCCCCAAGGCUAGAGCAAAUUCCGCGUUGCUUAUCAGCCUUCAGGAAUGCGAUUUCCCAAACGUGUUUUAGGUUCCUUGUGUGA